GGUGGUGGUGGGAGGUGAAUCACUGCCAGCGCCCAACUUUGUACCAGGAAGAACCGUGCAUCAGUAUUCAGGACUCACGGUUUCGAAACCACACCCGUCUUCAACUCAAAUGUUCCUUCAACCUCUUGUUUUUGACCUUUUAAAGGUCGGGGACAUCUUGCGUGGCGGUGAAGCUAUCACGCCAACAACAAAAAAACUCCCCAGCCCAGACGGACGGUGAUCGAACCGGUACAACGGCCUUUGACAAGAAAUGACAGGUCAACAGAAGCAAAACGCUGGUGGAGAUGAUGGAGGCGGUGGACAAGUGAUGUAGCCGGUUUGAUGUUGACCGCCGUGGAACAUCGGGAGCACAGCCACAACCACGCCAAGCCCAAAUACCUGGCAAAACACGCCCAAACUUCUCCUGUGGUAGUUCCUGCUACAAAACACACCACAUUUUACCAUUACACGCACACACAAGGUUUAAAGUUACCUGAAGUUAUGUUACUGUUUUUAUUCGUGCCGGUCGUGUUCAGACUUUGCAGAACAUCGUGCUGAUCCAAGAGUGUCUUUGAUGUUUCCGUCGCCUCCGCCGCGGGUCGGGACAAACCAGUUUUAGUUUCCUUGAUUUUAUCUGAUCAGCGCCAUUACACCAAAAAAAAAACAAUCCAUCAUCAGACACAGUCUCAGAAGGAUUAGCAUGUCUGACUUCUAUAUUAGAGUGUGUGCAAUCAUUUCAUCGUUUCUCAUCAUCAUCAUCAUUUACAGUGUCAGUACAUACGCAGUCAUGUUUGGCGAACAGCACCUGCAGAGGCACGUGGGUGUGAAGUGCAGUCAUAAUACUGUGGGGGAUCCUUGACGUAGACAUCUAUGACAUACAUACAACCAGUUAAUGCUGUGUAUUAUCUUCAGUUGAAUAACCUGCUGUCGAGAAAAUAGCGAAAUGAUCCAGGUGACCAAACCUGUUGCAUGUUAGUUUGAAAAAUGGGCCGGGCUUGGCAGGUCCUCCUCUUAAAGAAUAAAUCAGAUCUCAGCCUCCUGUCAGUGCCUUGUUGACUGCCUGCCGGCAAACAUUUAUCCGUCCUGACAUCUGUGUUGUGAAAAGCAGAAAAAUACGUGAAGAUGACGGAUCCAAAGCCAGAGAAAGUUAAAGAAUCGGUCUUUAAGGAAGUCGACUUCCACUUCAAGUCCAACAACCUUGAACACCGCACCAAAGAAAUCUCAAGCAAGCAGCUGAUUGUGAGAAGAGGCCAGCCCUUCUCCCUGACCGUCAAACUGACACGAUCCUUCAACAGCACCGACGGGCCGCUCUUCCUUCAUGUGUCCACAGGAGCACAUCCGUCUCAGGAGCGAGGGACGGCGUCGUUCAUGAGCAUCCCUGCUGGUGUGCAGAUUUCACCGUCAGCGAAGGCGGUGUGGAAAGCAGAACUGGACAGCAGCUCCUCCCCAGAGUUGGGCAUCCUGAAACUGACCUUAACCCCUCCUGCUGACGCCCCGGUAGGGGAGUUCAUGCUGGUCGGGCAUUACAGCGGAGAAGAACAAUUGCUGGCAAUGCUGGUGGUGCUCUUCAACCCCUGGUGUCCCGAGGACUGGGUGUAUCUGCCUGAUCAAGAGGAGAGGCAGGAAUACGUGAUGAAUGAAAAAGGAAAAGUCUUCAGAGGAAGUGGAAACUACAUCACCAGUAUGACCUGGGACUUUGGACAGUUUGAGGAGGACAUGGUGACCAUUUGCAUGAUGUUAUUGGACCUCAACCACAAACACCAGAAAGACCCUGCUGAUGACGUUUCGGCUCGCUGUAACCCCAUCUACGUCAGCCGCGUGGUCAGCGCCAUGAUCAACUCUCAGGACGACCGCGGUGUCCUGCAGGGACGUUGGGUUAGUCCGUACAUAGGCGGCCAUACUCCGUCCCACUGGUCCGGCAGUCACGCCAUCCUCAGGCAGUGGCUCAGAAACGGCUUCCACCCGGUCAAGUACGGGCAGUGCUGGGUGUUCGCUUCGGUGAUGUGCUCGGUGAUGCGGUUCCUGGGCAUCCCCUGCCGCGUGGUCACCAACUAUCAGUCAGCCCACGACGUCAACGCGAAUCUACUGAUUGACAUGUACCACUCCGACUACGGAGUCCGAGAGAUACCGUCACACGACAGUAUUUGGAACUACCAUGUGUGGACGGAGGGGUGGAUGAAGCGGCCAGACCUGUCAGCAGAAGGCAAAUUUGACGGAUGGCAAGUUCUGGAUCCAACACCACAGGAGAAGAGCGAUGGUGUUUACUGCUGCGGUCCAGCCUCAGUCAAAGCCAUUCUGAGCGGCGAGACGCACAUCAAAUAUGACAUGCCGUUUGUCUUCGCUGAGGUCAAUGCAGACUGUGUUGACUGGCUGGUCAAAGCUGACGGUACGAAAGUGAAGAUCUGGUCCGACACGGGGAAAGUCGGUCAGAAUAUCUCCACCAAGUCUGUUGGCUCCGACAAGAGGAACAACAUCACCAGCUCUUACAAACACGAGGAGGGAUCAGAGAAGGAGAGGGCUGUCUUUGAAUAUGCCAUCACCAGAGACUUCGCCCCAAAAGACAGGGAUGAAGAGAAUAACAACGAUGUUGAAGAGAUCGAGGGGCCCAGCGAGGAGGAAGAAGAGGGUGUAGAGACGGAGGAGCCAGGCGAGAAUGGGAACGAGACGACGGAUGUCGAGGAAGAAACCCCAGUGACCAUCCCUCCACUGUCCAUCAGAUUUGAGGAGGAGUCCGAACCGGUGAACGGGCAGGAUGUGAAAGUGAGGCUGUUGCUGCACAGUGAAGCCACUGUUGCCAGGCAACUGUCCAUCAGCAUCAGCGUUGUGGCCAUGGGGUACAACGGGAAAAAAGUUGGGGUUAUCCAGCAGGAGAUGCAGGAGAAGACGCUGCUGGCCGGGAAAGAGCUGCUCAUCCCGAUCUUGGUCCCGUUCUCGGCCUACAGUAAACUCAUGGUGGAGAGCGACACCAUGAAGGUGGAGGCUGUGGUCACAGAUAAAAAGAACCCGGAUCACAUGUGCCUGGCAGAGGAUGACAUCGUGCUGAAGAAUCCUCCCAUCUCUGUCGAGGUGGAAGCCGGAGGCAGACAGUACCGUAUGUUAAACGGGACGGUGGUUUUCACGAACCCGGUCAAUGAGAUACUGACGGACUGCACGCUGACUCUCAGUGGAUGUGGCCUGUUUAGUGACGAGAUCAUAGUCAAGAUGAAAGAUAUCAAGCCAAAGACAACGGUGAGAGUCAAAUUCGCUUUCUAUCCCUACAAGACGGGAAAGAGGACGCUGUAUGUCGACUUCGACUGCUCCCUGUUCAGAGACAUCAAGAAAGAAUGCACCGUCGUUGUGGCAAAGUACUGAAAUACUGAGAUUAGUUUGGGAUAUUGUGUCAGGGGUGGAAAUAUGCCACGUGCAUGGACAUGAAAUACAAGUCAAAUCGAAUGUGUCCCGUUGUAUUUGGGAGCCAGGAACUAAACACUCAGAUAUAUCACAGAAUAAACAGAAUAAAUCAAGUGAAGCACUGAAAUAUCCCACUAUCCUGUAGGUCUACACAGAAACAAAGGGUCAGAUUUAUAACUCUUUAUGAAACAUGCACUUAAAGACUUCCAGCUGUUUGUGUAUAUAUUUAUAUAAGUAGUCUUUGGUGCUUUCCUGUCUGUUACUACUUCUGCAUCUGCACAGUUGUAACAAAUGUUACUUGAAUAUGAAGAAUUAGCUUUUCGUUGGGGGCUAUUUUCUGCAGUGGAUUGUUGCACUUUCGAGGACAACGUAUGUGUGAUUGAGCCAAAAUAAACCACAGUGUGUGUUGGUGCUAAUAAAGAAGCAUGUCACCCAGAAAACAA